UCAGCUGUCACUAUUAACUUUCACGGGAUGAUGAUCUGAGGACGAGUGUAGAAUGUCUGGGAGCAGUGAUUCCGAGGAAUUUUUUGACGCUGAGGAUGACAGUUUCAAUCGGAGCAGAAAAAGUAAUGGCCGCGAAUCAUUACCACCUGUUAGCCAAGUUCCACCAGAAAAACCAGGACCCACCUUGACAGAUGACUCAGUAUUCGUAAAGCCACUGGACCCAAAGCCUCCGACAGCUCCAGCUGAUGAGUCAAAGCCUGUGAGCAAGCCAGAUGACGAAGAGAAGACAUUAGACAAGUUGAAGGGCCGACGGAGAUUCCGCGAACUGAGACAGCGGAUGCAAACCGAGGACGAUGACAUCCCGAUCAGCAACUCGCCUCCAGACAGCCAGACUUCCUCGAUAGAGGGUGUGUACCCUGCACCAGCUAAAACGACCCACCCGUUCCGGAUCAUCGAGCACGACACUGUCAGCUUGCAGAGCAUGACUUCGCUUGGCAGGGUCGGGAGGAUUCUUGCUGGUGCUGGGGAUUCCCUGUCUGGGGUUCUGCACCACGGAGUCUCUUGUCCGAUUCCCCUGACCCGGGACAUGCAGAUGUCAUCGAUUCCCAGCAGAGACGAAGACACUGGCUCGGAGAAAGCCUCACAGUCCUCGAGUGUCAUCACUCUUUCCGGAGAUAUUGUUCAGGACAGUGCUUCGGUUAAUGGCAGGAAGGAGUUCGCUAAUUUAAAUUGUCAAGCGAAUAAUGUUGGACUUCAGGAACCUGAUGUUAUUGCCAGUACCAAGGGCAAUGGCAAGACUCUUGACAGAGAUCAAGCUCCUCACUCUUUGGACAUAAGAUCAGCAAUCAAGGGCCAGUACGUCGUGAAGCCUCAGGCAAGUUUCUCGAGUAAUAUCGUCCUUUAUCUCAGAAAUGAUAAAAUUCCAGCUCGCCUUGAGUCAUUCGAGACCCUCAGAGGAUUUUAUAGUCACCGAUAUCGGGAUGAGGACAAAUCAAAAGCAGAAGGCCCCUCAGCGGAGGAAAUAGAACGCCUGGAGAAGAUGAAAGCUGAGUUAAUAAGCUUGCAGUCGAGCGACAAGUCCAGCAGCCCUUUGGGCUCGUUAUCCAGCAAUAGUGUCGGUAGAUACUCUCUAGGACAGCACAGGUUGGCCACCAGUCUUCAGGGUACUCGGGAGAGACGCAAGUCUGCGGGAGAUCAGGAUAUGGUCAAGCAGCUCAAUAUGUUUCGCGUGCCUUUAAGUAUAGCCGAAGACAAAUUACCUCAGUGUAUGAACCCAUUAUCAUUGCACAUAAUGCGACUGACAUCAGAGUACGUUAGUAACUCGAGUUUGGACAAAGAAAAAGAAAGUGACGAAGAGAGUGUUGAUUCUAAAAUGUCCUCGAUUCCUCCUGACGAAGAUGUCACCGUCGGUAGGGUCCGCAAAAAGACCCAGAAGAUCAAGCGGUUCCUGGGGUCUACUGUCAGAAAGACCAUGGACAAAGCCAAGUCCAUUGCUCAGGAGGUUUCUCAUGCGAGACACAAAGAAGAUGUUAUGGACAUUGUCGACGACGUGUACCCUGGAGAACCUCAGUGCAUUAAACUCAAGGCCUCCAAUAGUCACAAGGGGCCCUACGAGUUCUCCAAUCUCCAGCACGUUCAAGAUCUCAGUGGUGAACACGUCGGCCCUGUUUGGUGCAUGAAGUUCUCUGCCUGCGGAAGGUUACUCGCUACAGCCGGCCAGGAUCGAGUUCUCAGGAUAUGGGUCCUCAGAGAUGCCUUCACCUACUUCCAGGAUAUGCGGACCAAGUAUAAUGCAGAGAAGGUAAGCCCAACACCAUCACAAGAGUCACUGGUCUCCCAACAAUCAAUGGAAGAUCCCAACAUAAUAGCAAGCGCGAUGAGCGAAGUAGAAGGCACCAAGAGUCCUUUUAUGCCGAAGCCAUUUUGCACGUACACAGGGCACACCUCGGACCUUUUGGACGUAUCCUGGUCGAAAAAUUACUUCGUCCUUUCAUCCUCAAUGGACAAAACAGUCCGGCUGUGGCACAUAUCUCGGAAAGAGUGUCUCUGCUGUUUCCAGCACAUAGAUUUCGUAACCGCGAUAGUUUUCCAUCCGCGAGACGACCGGUACUUCUUAUCCGGGUCUUUAGACGGGAAGUUAAGACUCUGGAACAUCCCGGACAAAAAGGUGGCAGUUUGGAACGAAGUUAACGGAAGCACCAAAUUGAUAACUGCUGCUAACUUCUGUCAAAAUGGAAAGUUUGCCGUCGUUGGAUCUUAUGAUGGCAGGUGUAUUUUCUACAAUACCGACCAGCUGAAGUACCAUACGCAGAUAGACGUGAGGUCUACUCGCGGGAAGAACGCCAGAGGGCGCAAAAUUAGCGGGAUUGAACCCAUGCCUGGUGAAGACAAGAUUCUGGUCACUUCUAAUGACAGCAGGAUCAGGUUGUAUGACCUUAGAGAUCUGAAUUUGUCCUGCAAGUACAAAGGAUACGUCAAUGUCAGCAGCCAGAUUAAGGCAAGCUUUAGUCCAGAUGGCCAGUACAUCCUAGCGGGGUCAGAGAAUCAGUGUAUUUAUAUUUGGAAGACUCACCAUGAUUAUUCGAAGUUCUCGAGUGUAAGGCGCGACAGGAAUGACUUUUGGGAAGGAAUCAAGGCUCAUAAUGCUGUAGUUACCUGCGCUGUAUUUGCACCCAAUCCUGAUAGCAUCAUCAAGCAGAUCGAAGCCCGGGAAAAGUGGGACAAUCCUGAUAGUACUAGCAGCAAUAGCUCCGCUAAUCCUAAGCCUGUUGUUGAUCCUGUCGUUGAACAGAGGACCAAAGGUUGUGGAGGACAUGUUCUUGUCAGCGCUGACUUUAAUGGCUGCAUUAAAGUUUUUCUUAAUAAAACUAAACCAAAGCAUAGUUCACUUCCCGCUUCUGCACUUGCGUAG